GCUGUGUUUGAGUGUUGUUGUUUUUUCAAGUACAUUCAGAAUUAAAAGAAGGUCUGAGGCGAUCUUUAAACUCUUUAAAUAAACUGUCGGAAAGUUUCCCGCCGGAGUGUACAAAUGUUAACAUGGCUGCGAAGACAGACCAACUUCUCAUCGUUGUGUCCAUCCUGGAAGGUCGUCACUUCCCGAAGAGUCCUCGGCUCAGUCUGGUGGUUCAGGCGAGCUUCGAUGGAGAGCAGCUGGCUACAGACCCGGUCGAGCACAGAGAGCAGCCGCAGUUCAGCACCGAGCUGGCCUGGGAGCUGGACCGCAGGACGCUGCACCAACACAGAUUGCAGAGAACUCCCAUCAAGCUUCAGUGUUUUACUGUCGACUCUGUCAGCAAGAGGAGAGAGAGCGUCGGCUACAUCGUCCUCGACCUCCGAUCGGUGCAGGAGGUCAGACAGGAGCCUCGCUGGUAUCCUCUGCUGAGCAGUAAAUACACCAAGCAGAGACCCGCCCUCCUCCUCGGUUUGCUGCUGGAGAACGACACCAAGACCUCCGAACCCUCUCCUGAUAGGUUCAAAGCCAAGAAGGCCCCGCCCCGACAAGGCUCUCCAACAGUAACUGAGCUGCUGCCUGACAAGCUGGAGGCCGUACUGAUCCCAGACCAGGGUUACCAUCAGGUGGGACCUGCAGAUCACUGCACUGACAUGUUCGUCCUCUCCGUCACUGUGGCCUUCGCUACUAAACUGGAGCAGUUGAUCCCCAGCACCAUGAAGCUGUCGGCAGAGGGCUCGGAGUUCUUCUUCUACUACUCUUUACUGAGCAACGACAUCACCAGUGAGCCUUUCCACAAUCUGCUGAGCCCCGACUUUGAGCCGGAGCGCGCCUCUGUGCGCAUCCGCAGCAGCAAACAGAUCCUCCAGGCCUUCCUGUCUGAGCAGCCCAGUUUACAGAUCCACCUGUGCUGUGGGAAUCACUCUCUGGGCAGCACAGACGUCUCUCUCUCCGCUCUGGCGACGGUUCGCGUGGAUCUGGAGAACAAGGCGGCGACGGUGGAGGGAGCGUUCAUACUCCAACCUCCGAAACGCACACGACGGACGCUGCCAGCUCUGCCCGCCGACCUGCAGCCGACUGUGGGAGUGGCUGUUAGUCUGAGAAGGGAGGAGGUCGCUCCACAGUCUUUAAAGAGUAAAGAAGGAAGCGGAGCUCAGACACCCUCCGUCCCUCCCUCUGCCCCCCCCUCAGUUCCUCCUGCUGAACAGAGACCUCGAAGUCCGUCUCCGGUCCGAAAACCUCGUGCCUCUUCUCCCCCGGGUCGUCCUCUUCCUCCUGCUUCCUCUCACACAGAGAGUGAGGCGGAGAGUCUCCUGGAGGAGCUGCAGCGCGGCAGAGAGCAGGCGGGACUGGCAGCUGCAGAUUUGGAGGUUCCUGUGCAGCCGCGGAGUCGGACUGAAGCUCCAGCAGAGGGCGGAGCUUCAUCUGUCAGUGUGUCUGCUCCCAAAGUGUCCAUCCCCUCCUCCGCCCAUCACUACUGCUUCUCCAUGGACCUGCGCAGCCUGGGAAACCUCAGCCUGUCGCACCCCAUCGCUGCUACACUCAGGUAUUCGUAUCAGUUCUUUGGCAGCGCGGCUCCCAUCAUGACCAACCCUCCUGUGGAGCUGCAGAGGGGCAUGGAGGUGUCUCUGCCUCAGUCCUACUGCGCCUUCGACUUCGCCGCUCUACCACAGCAGCUGCAGGACACCUUCCUCAGAGUUCCUCUGGUGGUGGAGGUCUGGCACAGAGACCCCACCAGCAGAGACCAGCUGAUUGGACGAGCCUCCGUCCAGCUGUCUCACCUGCUGAGCUCUGAGAGGAGCAGACUCCUGGCGUCAACGGGAGAGCAGAGCUGGAGACAGACUCACCAGGACCGGAUCCCUGUGGUCAAAACACAGCGUCCCACUGAGAAGGUCGCAGAGCUAAGCUACGUGACGACGCUGGACGACCUGGGAUUGGUUAAAGCCAGAGAGGUCAUCGUGUCCGACUCCUCACAGAAUGAACCUGUGGCCCCCACACAACCGUCCUCCCACCCCGCAGCACCCAGCCUGCCCGCCUCCCCGCUGGGCCCCGCGGCCCCCAGAGACACCCUGGAGUACCGCAAGGCCCUGGAGCUGGAGCUGUGGAAGGAGGAGCAGGAGGAUCUGUUCGAUGAUCAGUUGAGGAAGAAGGAGCUGAGCCACAUGCAGGCGUUGGCAGAGGAGUGGAGGAGGAGGGACAGAGAGCGAGAAGCUGUGGUCAAGAAGAAGGAGGUGGAGUAUAACCUGUUGGAGGAGCAGCUUCAGAAAACUCUGUCAGAUUUGGAGAAGAGAGAGAAACAGCUGGCGGAGGCGGAGCUAGAGACUCAGAGGCUGCAGAGGGAGCUGCGAGCCGAACACAACCUGACCCAGAAGGAGCUGCAGGAGAGCAGCAGGAGGCUGCAGCAGGAGUGUGACCACCGGGCGGCGCUGGAGAGAGACAAAGUGCGACUGAUGGAGGAGGAGAGAGCCCGGCUGCUGCAGCAGAUCUCAGACGGCGAGUGUCGCUACAAACAGCUGGAGAAAGAGUUUCAGCUCUACAGAGAACAACAGAGCGUCAGACCUGAGUUCAGACUGCAGUCAGACAUCAACCUGCUGACUCUGGAGAAGGUGGAACUGGAGAGGAAGCUGGAGUCCACCACCAAGUCCAAGCUCCACUACAAGCAGCAGUGGGGGCGCGCCUUAAAAGAGCUGGCCAGGUUCAAACAGCGCGAGCAGGAAAACGCCAUGACGCGUCUGAAGAAGCAGCAGGCGGAGCUGGAGGCCAUGAGGCUGCGUUACCUAGCAACAGAGGAGAAGGAGGCGGUACGACAAGACAGACAGGAGCUGGACGACAUCAGGAACGAACUCAACAGGUUAAAGCAACAGGAGGACAGACUUGGUCCCGCCUCCUCCUCGUCUGGCCCCGCCCCCGGUCUUAAUGAGAGCGCUGAUGAACACCUGAGCCGACUGUUGGAGGAGAGAGACACUCUGCUGAGGACCGGUGUCUACACCCACGAAGACCGGAUCAUCGCCGAGCUCAACAGACAGAUACAGGACGCCAUGAGGGACAGAGGGACCCUCUGACAGCUGGAGCCGUCCAAUCAGAGACAGGCGCACACCUGAGUCCACAGGUAAACUCAGGCUGUGUUUCUGAGUCUUUCUGUUUGAUAAAUGUGGCUCAGAACAAACUUCAUGUUAAUACAUGUUAAUUUUAUCUGAUCUGAACUAAAUGUAAAACAUGAGUCACUUUCCAACAAAACGUUGCCUUAAACCCAAAACACAAUAAAAACGUUCAUUAAAAGUUUCACAUAUUUACUGUAAAUUAAGAACCGAAAUCUGUAAAAGAUGUAAAUCUCAUCAUGAUGCAAAUAUACAGAAACACACUGAGUUCAACUGAAGGGAAAAAAAGUCAUUUUGUCUUGGAUAUCACAAAAUGUGAAAAUGAUUAUCAAUUAUCUCUGUUUGAGCAGGAAGAAAUGAAACUACCUGAUUUAAUUAGCUUUGAUUGAUUUUACUUCCUCCUCUGUUUGGAAGAUAUUUAUGAAAUUCUAACGGAAACAAUUCAGUGCCAAAAUUUAAAGAAAUAAAACAUUUCUCUGGUUUUCAGGAUCUUAUAAUUAUGGGAUGAUUUUCCUGAAACUGUGAGAUCCACAUUUCUUUAUUCUGAGAUCUUCAUUAUCACCACAAUUAUUAUUAUUAAUUAUUAUAGUGAAUCCAAUGUGCCUCUGUAGAAACACAUUAAAAUAUUAAUAAAUAUAAAUAAGGUUAAUCUGACAGAUAAAAGCUGCAUUUGUUGUCAUGUUGUAAUUUAGACCUAAAGGAAUAAUUCAACAUCUUGGGAAGUAAAACUCAUCUUUCUUUCUCGAGGCUGAUGUAAAUCUGUGUGUUAAAUACAGAGCUGGAGUCAGUCUUAAAGACUGAAAACACACAACUACCUAAAUCACUAAUUAAUAUAUUAUAUCUCAUUAUUUUAUCUGCACUCAGACAGAAACAUUUGUGGUUUCAAGGAAAGUUGUAUUUCCCAAAAUACUGAAUUAUUCCUUUCACAUGUACAGAGCACUGGAACUGACAAAAUGUAAUUAAAAGUAAUUAGAGAAAACAAACAUAACUUUACAUUGAUAAAAUAAAGUACAUCAGUAAAUAAUAUUAUUAAAAAUGGAGUGUAAAAGAAAUAUGUUUCCUUUAACUCAGUAAAACAAUCAUUUAUUUAUUUUUCCACAUGCAACAUUUCCAGUUUUCCUAUGAUGAGAUGAGCAGCUUUAAUUUUCCUUUUUACACUUUAUUUUAGUUAACUAAUUAUAUUGUUAUUGAUUAUUAUGAUUUUUUUUGGCUGAUAAGUAUUUACUACAUUCAGUCAGUUUCAGCGCUCCAUUAGCAUGAGUUACCUCAGAUCACAGACACCUGGGUGAAACCGAGUGAGGCAUCGAGACAGUGGUUUAACCUGAGACAUUAAACCAAAGGGAGAGACCUGGUGAUGUAACUCUUUGUAUAUUUAUGUUUGUGUGCUGAAGAUUUCAAAUGUGAUUUCUUUCCUUCUCUUGUUGAGAAGUCGGUGUUACAGUAGUGAUGUUUUAUACAAGUGUUAUUUUAUAUUAGUGUCUUUGUGUGUGUCAGCAGAUCGGUCUCUCUUAGUGCAGCACUCACAUUCUACAUGUACUGAACCUAAAACAAUUAAUCAAUUAGUUUUUUUUCAGUAUAAAAAUGUUAAAGUUCUUUGGUUCUAGCUUCUGAAAUGUGACUGUCCCUGGAGUAUUUGAGCUGAUGGUUGAGGGGAGGUUUUUGUCCGACAGCAGGUGGCUCUGCAGCAUCAGAAAACACUGUGAGGCUUUUUAAUUUAUUAUUUUGUCAUCAGAGCAGAGACGACUCUGAUCUGUGUUUGU